CAACUCUGUCCUGGGCUUCUAUUUCUGUUUGUUGCUAAGUGCUAUUCAUCCUUUAGAUGUUUUCUUCCAAUUCCCUACGGCAUGUUCUUGAUCAUUUAACCUUGAGGAUCCCAAGUUAAGGCUUGCAACUUGAUUUCCGUAAUGUACGACUUUUCAGUGCAGUCCCUCAUACAAGUUCCAUAUAAUGAUGAGUUUGUUAGCAUCCCAAGGGAAACUGCGUCAAACCUUUGCAGAGUUGCUUAUCCAAUUGUCCAGUACUUCUUCAGCUUCGAACUUAGUUCAGCCAACACCAGGUGGUUUCCAGUUAACAUUUUUUAGCGAAUUCCUUGUUUACGGGAUGAGGUUUCUAACCCCGUGCCUAACCCUCCUCAUGUACCCAGGGCUUGUGACCAGUAGUAACUCUGAAAGAAAUCCAAGUGAUGGUGUUCUGAAGUCAUAUCAGCUCCUCACAUUAUUUUUAACUCCAAAUGAAUUUUUUAUUGAUAUAGAUGUGGUCAAUCUGGUUUCUCCAAGUUAGCCCUUCCUAUUUGUUUUCAAAAACUCCGCCUGGA